AUGGAUAAGAGUUGGAUGCAGGAAACUCAUAGAUUUGGUGAGAAAUAUUCCAAAGGUGUUGAACAAUUCAUUAGAAUGGCACGUGGUCACGUGGAUGAGCUUAAUAGGAUCAAGUGUCCAUGUCACAAGUGUGAGAAUCGUUAUUAUAAGCCUAUAGACAUGGUGGAAGAUGAUUUGUUCAUUAACGGAAUUGAUAUGAACUACACCCAAUGGGUAUUUCAUGGGGAAGAAGACUCGUUUCGUAUAAAUGAGCAUGUCAAUCAUAAUGAUGAUAAUGCAAGUUCGGAGGAUAUUGAUGAGGUUGAACAAAUGUUAAAUGACAUCGGUAUGGGGACAUUUCCAGGUGCUAAUGCAGGUGAAUCCUCUACUACUCCAGGUCCAACAACCAAUGAUUACAAAUCGAGAACUUUUGACCAAGUGUUGGAAGAUGCCCGAUGUGAACUUUAUCCAAGCUGUAAGAAGUUUUCAAAGCUCUCUUUCACUGUGAAUCUACUUCAUAUAAAAACACUUUGCAAUAUGAGUAACAAGGCGUUUGAUAUGGUGAUUGACUUGAUAAAGAGAGCUCUCCCAGAUGGAGAGGCAUUACCAAGAUCAUAUUAUGAAGCAAACCGGUUGAGGCAAGACUUGGGUUUUAGUUAUGAGAGGAUACAUGCAUGUAAGAAUGAUUGCAUACUUUUUUGGAAGAAUCACGCUGAUAAAGAAGAAUGCCCAACAUGCAAAACUUCAAGAUGGGCAACGGUCAAAGGUAAAGGUAAGAAAAUUCCACAUAAGGUCUUACGGUAUUUCCCAAUUAAACCGAGAUUGCAACGGUUGUUUAUGUCGAAAGAUAUUGCCAAAGAUAUGAGGUGGCACAAAGAUGGGCGUCAAGAUGAUGGAAAUCUAAGACAUCCAGCUGAUUCAAUAUUGUGGAAAGAGUUUGAUAAAGAACAUGUUCAGUUUGCUCAGGACUCCCGCAACGUGCGACUUGGUUUAGUAAGUGAUGGUUUCAACCCAUUUGGUAAUAUGAGUACAUCAUAUAGCAUAUGGCCAGUAGUACUUGUGCCGUAUAAUUUACCUCCGUGGAGGUGUAUGAAAGAUCCAUAUAUGAUAAUGUCCUUACUUAUCCCUGGACCUAAGGCACCUGGAAAUGAUAUUGAUGUGUAUCUGCAACCGUUAGUGGAUGAUUUGCAAGAAUUAUGGACUGAAGGCAUUCCUACGUAUGAUGCGUCGACACAUGAGAAUUUUAAGUUGCAUGCAACAUUAUUAUGGACUAUAAACGAUUUUCCUGCAUAUGGAAACUUGUCUGGGUGGUCUACUAAGGGAAAGCUUGCGUGUCCAGUAUGUAACAAGGAUACAAUAUUUAGAAGGUUGAAGUUUGGAUUUAAGACGUGCUACAUGGGUCAUCGUCGGUUCUUACCUCAGGGGCAUAUAUGGCGCAAAAAAAAAUCUCUCUUUGACGGUACUGAGGAGCAUAGAAUGAAGCCUAAUGAAUUAUCUGGUGAUCAAUUGUUACACCAACUAAAUAACUUAACAAAUGUGCAAUUUGGAAAAGAUGAGAAUGGAAAAUCGAGAAAGCGAAAGCGCAAAGAAAAUGAGUUGAAUUGGACGAAGAAGAGUAUUUUUUUUAAUUUGCCUUAUUGGUCAACAUUGAAACUGAGACACAAUUUAGAUGUUAUGCAUAUUGAAAAGAACAUAUGUGAUAGUGUCUUAGGUACAUUACUGAAUAUUGAUGGAAAAACGAAGGACACUUUCAAGGCACGACAGGAUUUGUGUGUGAUGGGCAUACGUAAAGAUUUGCACUUACAACCAAAUGGUACAUCCACAUCAAUGCCACAUGCAAAUUUUACCUUGUCAAAAGCUGAGAAGAUAAGUUUCUUAGAUUGGUUGAAAGGUGUGAAGUUCCCUGAUGGGUAUGCAUCUAACAUUAGUCGGUGUGUGAACGUCAAAGAAGGUAAGAUUUCGGGAAUGAAAAGCCAUGAUUGUCACAUUUUCUUUCAACGAUUACUUCCUGUUGCAAUUCGUCCAUAUUUAUCGAAUGAAAUACGUACAACAUUGAUUGAGUUGAGUUUCUUUUUUAAGGAAUUAUGUUCACGAACAUUGAGAUUAGAUGUCUUGAAGCGAAUGAAGGAUGACAUCCCUGUAAUUUUAUGCAAGUUGGAAAAGAUAUUUCCACCGGCUUUUUUUGAUAUAAUGAUACAUGUAGCUAUUCAUUUACCCCGAGAGGCCGAGCUUGCAGGACCAGUACAAUUCCGUUGGAUGUAUCCAAUUGAAAGAUGUCUUGGUAAAUAUAAGCAAUUUGUGCGGAAUAGAGCACGUCCGGAAGGGUCAAUUGCAGAGGGAUAUUUAUCAGUUGAAUGUUUGACAUUCUGCUCCAUGUAUCUUCGGGGGAUUGAGACAAAAUGGACUCGUGAAGAACGGAAUAGUGAUGGGUGGCAGGUGGAAAAGAGUAAAGGCUUGUCUGUGUUCUCUCAACGAGUUCGUCCUUUAGGAGCAGCAAAAUUUAUAAAACCUGAAGAUAAAGUUCUCUCAAAGGCUCGAUGGUAUGUGCUUAACAAUUGUGACGAAAUUGCUUCAUACAUUCGUGAACACUAUGACAAGAUCGAAGGAGAAGGAACAGUGGAAAUCCAGAGUAAGCAUGAAGCCGAAUUCGAAAGCUGGUUCCGACAUCGUAUAUGUGGGCAUAAUGUAGAAACCGUGUCUAAACAAAUAUAUGAUCUUGCAUGCGGACCGGAUCAUCAAGUUGCAAUGUUUAAAGGUUGUAUUGUGAAUGGGGUUAGGUUUCACAUAAAAGACUAUGAACGGACUCUACGUACCCAAAAUAGUGGUAUAAUUGUUCCAGGUGAGCAUCGCAUGAAGAAUAUUGACUUCUAUGGUGAGUUGAAGAACAUUCUAGUGUUACGUUAUGGUCGAAAUCGUGUGUAUUUAUUUGAGUGUGAUUGGUGGGACAUUGGGCAUAGAACAAGAAUGCAAAUAGAUGAGCAUUUUACGAGUGUGAAUACAUCGCGUACAUGGUAUGCAUCUGACCCAUUUAUCCUAGCAUGCCAAGCUUCACAAGCAUUUUACUUAAAAGAUGCCAAAUUGGGUAGUAGUUGGCAAGUAGUACAAAAGGUGACCCAUAGAAAUAUAUACGAUGUUCCAACUGUACUAGAGGGAGAGAUUGAAGAAGAUGACGAAGGCUUUGGUGAUGAGGACGAAGAAGAUGAAUGUGUUGGGAGUCAUGCACCUGUGCAACAAGGAAACGAUGAAGACUCAACUCUGUUACGUAGAGAUGAUGUGGAACCAAUAGUUGUUGAUAGAAGCAUGUUAAUCAGUGAUGAGGCCAAUAAUGAGGAGAAUGAAACAACCUAUGAUGAUGAAGAAGAGUUAUCUAGCAACGAUGAUGAAGAUGAGUUAUCUAGCAACAAUGAUACAAACUCCUCUCAUGAAGAAGAGUUAUCUUGCAACUCUGAUACAGACUCUGAAGAUGAUAUGUGUUGA